AUGACACCAAUGCAGGAGCUGCCACCGGGUUUUCGCUUCUACCCAACUGAAGAGGAGUUGGUUUCUUUCUAUCUGCGCAACAAACUCGAAUCAAAACGAGAGGAAAUAAAUCGAGUCAUCAAAGUCAUAGACAUUUACAGCAUAGAACCAUGGGAUCUACCAAAGUAUUCAGGAGAGUUGUGCCAAGGAGAUACUGAGCAGUGGUUCUUCUUUACACCAAGGCAAGAAAGGGAAGCUCGAGGAGGAAGACCAAAUCGUACCACAGCUUCCGGAUAUUGGAAGGCAACUGGAUCACCUAGCUAUGUUUACUCAUCGGAUAACAGAGUGAUUGGGGUGAAAAAAGCCAUGGUUUUCUACAAAGGGAAAGCUCCUACAGGAAGGAAAACCAAAUGGAAGAUGAACGAGUAUAGAGCCAUUGAAGAAGUAAACAACUUGAACAACGUCGCUACUCCUAUGUUGAGGCAUGAAUUUAGCUUGUGCCGAGUAUACAUUAUAUCUGGGAGUUUCCGAGCAUUUGACCGGCGUCCAAUAGAGUUAACAAGAGACAUACAAGAACAACAAGGGGACCAAGCAGGAACAUCUAAUCAGAAUGCUGCAAUGGUUGAACGAACUCCAAGUUCGCCUGAAACCUCAUGCUCAGGAGACCUUGCAGAUAACCCAAUGGCUGGUGGGAGUACUGAUUGGGAAAUGAAUCAACAUCCUCUUUGGGAGUGGGAACAAUUUAACUGGCCUAAAUGAAGCCAUAUACCGGCAGCCACAGCAAUGUCCGCUCAAAGUUUUGGACAUAACAAAUCAAACAUAGAUAUAGUACCAGACUUUUUUUUUAUUCUUAUUUCUUCCUGACGUACGUAUGUGAAGGAUAAUAAUUCUAAUUAUAUAUAUGUAUUUGAUAUUUUUAUUUUUUUUGAGUGGGGGCUGGGGUAAGAUCUGAAGAGAUCACCAUAGGUGUUAGGAUGGGAGACUUGGUCUGUGGACCUGUGGCUGUAGCAAAGGUGAGUACGUAAAUGUCACCAUUUACACCAACCAGCUUUCAAGUCAUACAACUCACGAAAUUUGUCUUUA